AUGAGAGAGAAGAGAAAAGAAAAGGUGAGAGAAUAGUUAAUGGCGGAGCAGUAUAAGGAAUUGUUUCUCUCUAGAAAUCUCUGUAUCAUCUUCUCUGUUAAAAGAGUAGAGAGAAAGAAAAAAGUAUAAUAAGAACAGAGAAAAAAAGAAGAUAGUGUUAGUGAAGAAGAAGAAGAGAGAAUAAAAAAAAGAAUAAGAAAAUAUAAGUAAAUAGAGCUAAAGGAACCUUCUCUCUGCUUCUCCUUUUAAUUCUCAUUCUCCCUAGUCUUUAAUUUUUUUUCCUUUUUUUUUUCUUCAAUUUCACUCUUUCUUGAUCUUUAAAAAGCUGUGAUCAAGGAGAAAGUCAAAGUCUUCUUCUUCUUCAUCUUUAUUAAGGUUGUUUGGUAUUGGAUCUGUUUCUUGCUUCCAUCAUUACUUUCAAGAUUGAAACCUUGAGGUUUCUUGAUUUAGGGUUUGAUAUUUAGAAUUGAUGUAGGAUUUUCUUUUGUUGGAAAAAAAAAGAAAAAAAAAAUAGUCUGUUUUUUCAUCCAAAUCUACCCACCAUUUUUGUUGUGGGAGGUUUUUUCAUUAAACAUACUAAAAAAACCCCAAGUUUGAGAUUUUAUUUGUUUUUUUUUUUAAAUCUUCAAUUCAAAAUCUUAAGGUGAGAGAAUAUAGAGAGAGAGGGUUUUUCUUGUAAGUAAGAGUAUUUGAUUGUUUAUGGGAAUACCUCAUGUUUCACUACCAGAUCUGAUUGUUAAGGUUAAGUCUUUGAUAACUUCGGAUUCAAACCAAUGCCUAUCAUUUCCAAAACCUGUAAUGACUGUGGAACCAAUCUCCACGUUGGUUACUGUUGCCUUAGCUGUGGCCGUUUCUGGUGCAAGAGCUGCUCCUCUGAUUCUGAUAGACCAGAAGAUCCCAAGAAGCUUUGCAAAGAAUGUGAUGGUGAGGUUCUUGAGCUGAGAGGGAAAAGCUAUGACAAGGUUCAUCCUGGUGAUAGCCCUGAAAAUGAGAAUCUUGAAAUCAGAGAUUGCAGGAACAUUGCCUCUAUUCGUUGCUAUCCUAGCAGGGGAGAGGAAGAAGAAGAAGGUGGAAGCAGUGGGAAACAGUUUUUCAGCCCUUCAAGUGAAUACUAUUCAGAUGUAGAGUCGGGUAGUGUUAGUGCUAGUAGACAUGAGCAUUUUAGUUGUAAGUCUUCAGCUGGGUCCAGUCCUCACGACAGUCCAUUAAGGAACAAUUUUAGUCCUCUUGGGCGAUUUGUACAGCACGCCAAAGACUUGAGUCCAAGAGUUGGUUCUUUUGAUCAAGACCAACAACUCAUGGCUGGUGGUUUAGCUAAGCCAGAUCAGAUGGGCGUGGAACCGGAAGAUCAUAGCCAGGAGGAGGUGGAGGAUGCGUUGCAAGAACAACCGUUGGAUUUUGAGAACAACGGACGCAUCUGGUAUCCUCCCCCUCCUGAAGACGAGAAUGAUGAUGCUGAGAGUAACUACUUUGCAUAUACUGAUGAUGACGAUGAUGAUGAUGGUAUUGGGGAGACUGCUAAUGAGUUUUCAUUGAGUAGUAGCUUUGCUAGCCACGUUCCUGUAAGAGAGAAACUAGGAGACAACAGUAAUGAGCCUCUUCGAACGGUGGUGCAUGACCAUUUCAGAGCUCUUGUGGCAGAGCUAUUACGUGGGGAGGAGCUUACUUGUGAUGAUGAUGGCAGUGCUGGUGACUGGCUGGAUAUUGUCACUGCUUUAGCGUGGCAGGCUGCCACUUUCGUGAAGCCGGAUACUCGUGCAGGCGGGAGUAUGGAUCCUGGGAACUAUGUUAAAAUCAAAUGUGUAGCAUCUGGAAAUCAAAACGAGAGCAUCCUCAUCAGGGGAAUAGUGUGUAGCAAGAACAUAACGCACAAGAGAAUGACGUCUCAAUACAAACAUCCGAGAGUGCUGCUUUUAGCUGGGUCUCUAGAGUAUCAGAGAGUUGCAGGACAGUUAGCUUCAUUUAACACGUUGCUUCAACAGGAAAAUGAUCAUCUCAAGGCGAUUAUAGCAAAAAUAGAUUCCCUUCAUCCUAAUGUUCUCUUAGUAGAGAAGAGUGUAUCUUCAUAUGCUCAGCAGUACCUUCUAGAGAAGGAUAUUUCAUUGGUGCUCAAUGUGAAAAGGUCAUUGCUGGACCAAAUAGCCCGUUGCACCGGUGCUGUUGUUUGCCCUUCUGUAGAUAGGAUUUCUACUGCUCAGUUGGGGCAUUGUGAGCUCUUUAGGACUGAGAAAGUGUUGGAGCAACAUGAAGCUGGCAAUCAGUCUAACAGAAAACCCUCUAGGACAUUGAUGUACUUUGACGGUUGUCCUAAGCGCCUAGGUUGCACGGUUGUGCUUAAGGGAAGUUGUCGUGAAGAGCUAAAGAAGGUUAAGCAUGUAAUUCAGUAUGCUGUAUUUGCAGCUUACCACUUAUCAUUGGAGACUUCGUUCCUUGCGGAUGAAGGUGCUUCUCUACCUAAAAUUAAACUGAAGCAACCAGGGAUGGUGCGGUCUGCAUCAAAUAGGAGAAUGUUUGAUGAUGGCAUUUCCUUAGUAACUCAUUCUCCUACAGAAAAAGAUCUUCAAGCUUUAGCUGAGACAGCUGCACAUGAAGAUGAGAAUACAGCACUGGCGCCAGAGCCUGAGGCUUGUGAAUCCGAGGACUUUGAUCCGAGUGUGUUAUUCCCAUCGUCUUCAGACAUUAAAUCUUGUGAAGUUGACACUGAGCAGCAAUCUGAUGCACUGAAUGGAGAUUUACCUGAAAGUUUGGUAAUAAGAUCAUAUUCUUCAACUGAUUUGCAUGAAGAGGAGAACCAGUUAGUGAACAACAUCCACAACUUGCCACAACAUGAGAAUCUCGAUGAAGAUGAUGCUUCUAGUGAAUAUUUCUCUGCUGCGGACUCUCAUCAGAGCAUAUUGGUCUCGUUUUCAAGCCGUUGUGUUUUGAAAGAAUCAGUAUGUGAACGGUCAAGACUCUUGCGGAUUAAGUUCUAUGGAUCCUUUGAUAAACCUCUCGGAAAAUAUUUGAAAGAUGAUCUUUUCGAUCAGAGUUCAAGUUGUAGAACGUGUAAGGAGUUGGUUGAUGCUCAUGUCCUCUGCUAUUCUCAUCAGAAUGGAAAUCUUACUAUAAAUGUUAGACGUCACUCUUCCAUGAAGCUCCCUGGUGAACAAGAUGGGAAGAUAUGGAUGUGGCAUCGGUGCUUAAGAUGUGCACAUGUCGAUGGAGUCCCACCUGCUACUCGUAGAGUUGUUAUGUCUGAUGCUGCUUGGGGACUGUCCUUUGGGAAGUUUCUAGAACUUAGCUUCUCCAAUCAUGCAACUGCCAAUCGUGUUGCAUCCUGUGGUCAUUCGCUUCAGAGAGACUGCCUUCGUUUCUAUGGAUUUGGGAACAUGGUUGCUUUCUUUAGAUAUUCUCCCAUCAAUAUACUUACUGUCUUCCUUCCCCCGUCAAUGCUUGAAUUCAAUAGCCAUCCUCAACAGGAGUGGAUACGUACAGAGGCAGCAGAGCUUAUGGGUAAGAUGCGGACUAUGUAUGAUGAGGUAUCUAGUAUGAUCAAACGCAUGGAGGAGAAAAGCAGUUUACUUGAAUCUGAACAACCUGGAGCCUCUGAACUGCAUGGUCGUAUCAUGGGAUUAAAAGAUCAACUCGUAAAGGAAAAAGAUGAAUACGAUGAUGCGCUGCAACCUAUUUUUGAGGAGAGUCUUCAAAAUCAUGGGAGUUUGGAUAUUCUAGAGCUGAAUAGACUGAGACGGGCACUCAUGAUUGGUUCUCAUGCUUGGGAUCAUCAGCUUUACUUGUUAAACUCUCAACUCAAAAAAGCAAUGGUUUCUCAAGCUAGUGAUGGCAAUGCUUCUAGGAGUCUAGAGAUGCAGGAACCUCCAAAGACUGACCAGAGACUGCAGGAAGGUGCAGAUGAAGGGGAAGGGAAAGGUCACUCUGAUGGAGAAGCUAAUGGUGAUGAUAACAAAGAUCCAGAUAAAUUGCUCUCCCCUUGCUCUUCUCUCUCUGAGAGGAUAGACUCAGCUUGGUUAGGCUCGUUUCAUAAUCUAGAAAAAGCUGAGACAGAAGGCUUUGUUAAUUCUCCCCUCCGGAGGCUGGCCAAGCCAAUUAGAGUCCAGUCAUUUGACUCAGCGAUACGGUUUCAAGAAAGGAUCCAAAAGGGUUUGCCACCAUCUUCUUUGUAUCUCUCAGGCAUCAGAUCUUUCCACGCUUCUGGCGAGUACAGGAACAUGGUGAGGGAUCCUGUCUCUAACGUGAUGAGGACUUACUCACAAAUGUUGCCACUAGAAGUGCAGAAGUUGGAUCUCAUUGUUGGCUCAGCGCCUACAUACAUCUCUUCGGCGUCUCAGAUGGCUGAUGGGGCUAGGAUGUUGAUUCCUCAACGUGGUCUCAACGACAUUGUGAUUCCUGUAUAUGAUGAUGAUCCCGCAAGUGUUGUAUCAUAUGCUCUCAACUCCAAGGAGUAUAAAGAGUGGGUUAUCAACAGAGGCAUUGCUAAUAGUAAUAGUAGCAGCAACUUGAAUAACAACAAAGAGUCAGAACCUUCUACAUUCUCCACUUGGCGUUCUCUAGGGGCGAUGGAUGUUGAUUACAUUCACCAUGCGGUGUAUGGAUCUUCUCAAGAUGAUAAGAAGUCUCCUCAUCUGACUAUCUCUUUCAGCGACCGCUCUUCCUCUGGUGCAACUGAAGGUAAAGUGAAGUUCUCUGUGACGUGUUACUUCGCAACACAGUUUGACACUCUGAGAAAGACAUGCUGUCCGACGGAAGUGGACUUUGUGAGGUCCUUGAGCCGGUGUCAGAGAUGGUGUGCGCAGGGAGGGAAAAGCAAUGUUUACUUCGCCAAGUCAUUAGACGAGAGGUUCAUCAUAAAACAAGUUGUUAAAACCGAGCUGGAUUCUUUCGAGGACUUUGCGCCUGAGUACUUCAAGUACAUGAAGGAGUCUCUCAGUUCAGGGAGCCCCACUUGUCUAGCUAAGAUUCUCGGUAUCUACCAGGUCUCUAUUAAGCACUCUAAAGGUGGAAAAGAGACUAAAAUGGAUUUGAUGGUGAUGGAGAAUCUCUUCUACAACAGGAGAAUAUCAAGAAUCUAUGAUCUCAAAGGAUCUGCACGGUCACGGUACAAUCCAAACACAGCUGGAGUUUUGCUUGACAUGAAUCUUCUUGAGGCAUUAAGGACAGAGCCAAUAUUCUUGGGAAGCAAGGCAAAGAGAAGCUUGGAGAGAGCUAUAUGGAACGACACAAACUUCUUAGCUACUGUGGAUGUAAUGGACUAUUCAUUACUGGUUGGGUUCGACGAAGACCGUAAGGAGCUGGUUCUUGGAAUCAUAGACUUUAUGAGACAGUAUACAUGGGACAAGCACCUUGAGACAUGGGUCAAAGCUUCAGGGAUUUUGGGUGGUCCCAAGAACGCUGCUCCGACCAUUAUCUCACCAAAACAGUACAAGAGGAGGUUUAGAAAGGCCAUGACCACUUAUUUUCUAACUGUUCCUGAGCCAUGGACCUCUUGAUUGAGUAAAAGAAAGAAAAAACAUUUUUCAUCAUUCUUUUGUUUUACUGAUCUCAAUUUGUUUUUUUACAAUAAAAAGAGAAAUUGGUUUAACACAACAGAACAUAAAUAUACAGGUUGGAACCUGACUGAUUGAAUUUAUCUUUUUUUUUGUUUGUUUGAUUGGUGUGUGUUGGUUUCUCUAAGUCUGGAGAAAUUGUAUAUUGUAAUUAUUGGCAAACUUAUGCCCCUCAGAUUGAAAGAAAAAAAAAUACUAAUGAUUUGC